AUGUCAAGUGCUACCGCAGUAAGUGCAUUAAGGCCAUCCGCCAACAGUCCGAUAUCGAAGCCGCGGGCUGUUUACAGUAUCGAUCAGAUACUCGGAACACACCAUCAUCACGUUCACCAUCACCAUCAAUUGCACCAAAUCCAUCACAGUAGGAAAAUUAUCAACAACAACAACAAUAACGAUCAAGAAAACACAAUGAAACUCGAUGUGAAUAGUGAUCACGAUAACAGUGUCGAUGUCAUGGAUAACGAUGACGAUUUGGGAUAUGGGGCUGAUGGUGACAUGGAUGGCGAUCAUGGAGAUUUAAAUGGACGUCCUCGCAAAAUUAGACGAAGCCGCACUACCUUUACGACGUACCAAUUGCACCAACUUGAACGCGCAUUCGAAAAGACCCAAUAUCCGGAUGUCUUUACGCGCGAAGAGCUUGCCAUGAGACUGGAUCUUAGCGAGGCACGAGUUCAGGUUUGGUUCCAAAAUCGUCGGGCAAAAUGGAGGAAACGUGAGAAAGCCAUGGGUCGAGAUACGUCGGCGUUUCUGCACCAUGAACAAGGUCUCACAGACUUUCCAUUGUCAUUGCCGUUAGCGCAUAAUUUGGCUGCCGCGGGACAUCCAGGACUUCCUGCUGAGUUUUGGCCUGCGAAUUUUGCUCUUCAUCCGUCACUCAUGCCGCCUACCAAUCACGGACUGCUUCACCCCAAUGUCAUGCACAACUACAAGUUGCCCAAUAUUCAUGCUCUGCUGUCGCAAUACAUGGGCUUGAAUAAUCUCUUUGGAUAUCCGCAAAAUUUGUCGAUGCCCGGAGCGAGACCCGCAACUACGAUGCCCAAUACGACAAGCAGCAGCAACAAUAACAAUACGAGUACUGCAUCGACAACAACGACAACUUCGUCACCGACAACGCCACCAAUGAACCACAGCAGUUCGACGCAUUCGCCAUCACAGAGCCCCAAAGAUCGACGAAGUCCGGGCAGUGACAAAAAUGACGGAAAUGAAAAGUAAUUUUCAUAUUUCUCACAGAAAACAUUCAGUCAA